AUGGCGAGAAUAGUUUCUCUGUUUUUUGUGCUAUGCGCCCUGCUUGCGAUGGCGGCGGCGGCGGCGGCCGAAGAGUCGACUAGUAUCGUGGACACCAGCUCUAUUGUGUGCACCUGCCGCUGCUGCUACCAGGGCGGCUGCAGAUCGAUGCCAAACGUCACCUGGGUUGUGUCCUCCUGUGACAAGUGCAGCACCGCGGAUUGCAACGCAUACAUUCGCAGCGAAGAGGUGCGCAUGGAGACAGCACGUCUCUUUGAGGGUAUCGGCAGUGACGAGCCUUUGCCAAGCGUUGAGGGGCAGCUGUCGGAGUGCAAGGUGAUCUCCGUCUUGGAGGCGGCAACGUGUUCCGGCCGGAGCUGCAAACGCACGACGACGAUCAAAGCCGAGUGCUACAACAGGGACGCACCGCUGAUCAAGUGCUCCAUCAUUUCCUUUGUGAGCGUCACAGCUGUGGCUAUUGUGUUUGGACUCAUCAAGAACCACAUCCCCGCACUGCAGGGCCUCAACGAAAAGUAUUUCAACUACUGA